CUUGAAGCUUGAUUUCUGCAAUAAAUGAGGCUCUACGUCGUCGCACUUUGUUUGAGCUGGCGAAGAUGGGUGGUGGUGUUCGGCUCUGGUUGGCUCUGUGUCUUGUUGUUUUGUGCUUGAGCGAUCUUGCGGGAGCUGGAGAUGUCGAUGGGUUGCUUGCCAAUGGCAACUUCGAGAUCAGUCCGAGGAAGGAGAAGCUCAACAAGACGCUCAUCGUCGGGAAGCACUCGCUGCCGAGCUGGACGAUUCACGGGCUGGUGGAGUACGUCUCCGGCGGGCCGCAGCCUGGGGGAAUGUACUUCGCGGUGGCGCACGGCGUCCACGCCGUCCGCCUCGGCAACGACGCUUCGAUUUCGCAGAACGUGACGGUGACGCCCGGCUCUCUGUACGCGCUCACGUUCAGCGCGACGAGGACGUGCGCGCAGGACGAGGUGCUGCGGGUCCGCGUGCCACCGCUCUCCGGCGACCUCCCGAUCCAGACGCUGUACAGCAGCACCGGAGCCGAUACCUACGCGUGGGGGUUCCGGCCCACGACCGCGGUGGUGCUGGUCAUCUUCCACAACACCGGCGUGCAGGAAGACCCGGCGUGCGGCCCGCUGCUGGACGCGGUGGCGAUCAAGGAGCUGUUCCCUCCCAUGCCGACGAGAGACAAUCUCGUCAAGAACGGAGGCUACGAAGAAGGGCCUCACGUCUUCAAGAACUCCACCUCCGGCGUCCUCCUCCCUCCCAAGCAGCAAGACGCCACCUCCCCUCUCCCCGGCUGGAUCAUCGAAUCACUGAAGGCCGUCCGCUUCAUCGACGCCGUCCACUACUCCGUCCCUGCCGGCAACUUCGCCGUUGAGCUGGUCGCCGGGAGAGAAAGCGCGAUCGCGCAGGUGAUCAGGACCGUGGCCGGCCGCUCAUACAACCUCAGCUUCGCGGUGGGCGACGCCAAGAACGGGUGCCACGGGUCGAUGAUGGUGGAGGCCUUCGCCGGCAACGCGACGGCGAAGGUGCUGUUCCAGUCACAGGCGAAGGGCGGGUUUACGACGGCGAACUUAAAGUUCACGGCGAGGGAGAACCGGACAAGGAUAACAUUCUACAGCUCGUAUUACCACACGAGUGUCAGCGAUCCGGGGGCACUCUGCGGGCCGGUUCUGGAUCUGAUCAGAGUUAUUCCGGUGAAAGCUUGAGGCUUGGGGAUAUCUGAAGGAUCAAAGUUUAGAUUUUGAUAUGAUCGUGUUUGAUUCCGGUAGAUUUGUUUGUACGAUCAAGUUUAAGAGUAGUUGUACUAAGAACGAGUAGUUGGUAGAAAUGCAAAGCGUGUGCCUUUUUGCUCA